CCAGUGCUUGCUGAGAGAAGGCAGAACCAGGCAGCUGUUGGCAGGCGAUGUCUUUUGGACUACCCAGUGUAGCAUCACUGCAGGGUGGAUCCUUAAAAGCUUUGAUUUUAACGGUGCUCCUAAGUGUUUUUAUGUUCCAGUUGUUGAGGACUGUUGGACUGAGAGCGUUCUCCAUGGCAUCUGAGACGUACACAUCUGGCACGCACUCUGCAGCUUUCAUCACUUGUCCUAAUGAAACUGUCGCCAAAGAACUGGCAAGGGGUAUUGUGGAGAAGAAACUGGCUGCCUGUGUCAACGUUGUCCCAGCAAUAACAUCCGUAUAUGAAUGGCAGGGGAAGAUUGAGGAGGAUAGUGAUGUGAUUCUGAUGAUCAAAACAAGAAGUUCCAAGGUGCCUGCUCUUGCCGAGUAUGUCCGCUCCAGCCAUCCCUACGAAGUGGCUGAGGUCAUCAGCUUGCCUAUUGACCAGGGCAACCCACCAUACCUGAAAUGGUUAGGAGACACCGUUCCUGAGUAGGAGUAAAAGGGUGGAUGAGGGGAUGAAUGAAUAGAUUGGUGGGAAAAUAAAUCUUAAAUAAUGGACACACGUGCAUCUAAUGCUUCAGCAGUUUAAGAAACCCUCUAGGGACUUGCAUUCAUUUUUGUGUUGUUAUCACAUGCUAAAAAACAAGAUAAAACAAUUGGUUUAUUGUGUUAUUAAAGGAAUUUCUAAAUACAACUGUCUGCUGGUUUGGAUAUUCCCCUUGACUGACUUCCCUCCAGUCUGUCUACCUGUACCUGACAGAAAUGGUCUGUGUUUUGAGCAUGUUUUAAACAUUUAUUUAGCAGUCAUCAGACAACACUUUCUUUUAGUCCUUCACCAAAGUUGCACAAAAAAAGCACAUCUUUCUGUUAAGGAAACAAUGGCAAGGUAACGGAGAUGU